CUUCCUUACACAGCGUGGCUUUCAAUGACAUUCUGAGCUUUCUAUAGAGGAGCUUUCAUAAGGCACGUCACUUGUACAGACUGUAAAGAUGUCAUUAUCCUUUUUAUUUAAAGCAAUUGCAAGAGACGUUGCAAAGGUCGGUAUUUGCCAGCAUGUCCAGUCAUUGCACACAGGUUGUCAUCUUCUGGCAGCUGAGAAAGCCCUCCUGAUGAAACUGCGGAAAAGCACGGGCUACACCUUUAUCAACUGCAAGAAAGCCCUGGAGAAGUUUGAUAAUGACAUAUCACAGGCGGAGACGUGGUUAAAUGAGCAGGCACAGAAAGAGGGCUGGAGCAAAGCAAACAAGCUGGAGGGUCGCAAAGCCAAAGAAGGUCUGAUUGGCCUGUUUAUUGGAGAUAAAACUGCAGUUAUGGUGGAGGUUAACUGUGAGACAGACUUUGUCGCCCGCAAUGAGAAUUUCCAACAGCUGGUGAAGGACGUAGCUUUUGCUACCAUGGCGCACCACCAAAACAAAACCCAAAGUAAAGGAGGAUAUGUGAAGAGCAUCCUGGCAGGUGAUGAGGUGUGCAAACUCAGUGUGGAUGAAGGAGCUUCACUUGCUGACCGGGUGGCUCUAACAAUAGGUCGUCUUGGUGAGAACAUGUCAGUGAAACGGGCGGUGACCCUAAGUGUCCCUGCUGAAUGGAACGUUGGCUCAUACGUACACGGCGGUGUGAGCAGCCAGACAAAGGUGGCCAUGGGUCGCUAUGGUGCCCUGGUUGUAUUUAAGGGUGGUAAGGAGGGAGAGCAGGAUACUCUAGGACACAAGCUGGGACAGCACAUAGUGGGAGAAGCCCCUGUGUCCCUGGGGAACAUGGAUGACCUGCCCUGCGGUGAAAGUGAGACCCGCCUGCUGCCUCAGACCUUCCUAGGAGACCCCAGCAGAACUGUGGCACAAUUCCUCUUGGGGCAACAGGCUCGGGUGCUGGACUUUGUCCGAUUUCAAUGUGGUGAGAGAACUGGUGAGGAGGAAAAAUGAAGAUUGGAAAUUGUUAACGUCAAGUAAUUCUUUAUGUUUCUCAUUGUGAUUUGAAGAUGAAAUGCACAUUCAGUCAAACAGUGACAUCAUAAAUUUAAAGCAGAAUAUGUUGGCAUACCUCCACUGAUGCCUGAUGAAAUAACUAAUCUAACAAUAAAAUGCUCUCUUUUUGAAAAAAUUA